GAUGACAAGUGUCAAAGUGAGGCAGCAAGUGAAAAGAGAGAAAUUCGAAACGGGUGAAAAGUUGUAAUCCAAAAUGAGAUUCAUUCCGCUCCAUACGACCAACACGGCGAUCGUGUACAAGAAUUCGCUGUGCUCGUUCGCCUCGCUACUGGUCCUGGCCUUCAUCGCGCUGUCGGUGAUGCUGCCCGUUCUGCUGGUCUCCCUGCUCAGCCCGUACUCGGGCAUAUCCGAGUCUCGGGUGCUGUACGAGCAGCCCAAUGUGGCUUACAACUACCAGUACAUAUUCGUGGGCAGCACGGAGCCUGGAGUGGAUGGCGAGCCAGAAUCGUUGGUCGCGUGCAGCAGCUUCAGCUAUUUCAAUGCUCAAAUGAGACCCCACACUAACAGCUGCUCCGCCAGCAAGUACUGGACAGAGGACGUGGACUAUGAUACGGUCACGGAUCGGGCACACUUCCAGCUGGAACUACAGGAUGUUCCAGCACGCCUGAUGCACUUUGAUCUGGUGCUCUUCUUCGACGCUCAUCUGCAGCACAAGUGCGAUCUGUCGCCGCCUUCGGUCCUGGCCUAUCAGCUGCAGUUGCCGCCGUCAGGACGCUUUCGUAAUGGUCGCAUCCAACUCAAGGGUGAGCUGCAGCUAAAGCAAUACGUAGAGUUCACCUGCCCCUUUCCGGGGCGCGACAUCAAGACCAAGUUUCGUCCCGUCCAUGUGGAGACGAACGCCAGCUAUGCGGACAUGUCACAGUAUAAAAUAGAGUCACUGAUGGCUCAGAUAAAAGCAAAUCCAGCCUACUUCCAGUUGUCCAUCGAGGAGACCUACUACCGGCCAACGUCGCCACGCCUGAAUCGCCUCAGCAUCGAGCUGGAGCUGGAUGUGCUGCAGGUGCCAGGACGCUAUCAUCUGAGCAUUUGGGAGCGCCUCGGACAGUUCUGGCUGUACUUUGCCUCGUUCUUUGGCAUUUCAUUCUACAUCGUGAACAAGGUGAAGGACUUUCUUUUUGGGCGCCACAUCAUCCGCUCCUGGGAGAUCAUACCGUGGAAGAAGCUCUACUGACACGAGUCGGGCGCCAUUCUGGAAAUGGACAACUUCUCGAUUGGCGAAUGAGGACUGCUAUACCACAACUGGGGUUUUCCAAUGGGAUUUUCAUUGUCAGUCAAAAAAUAAAUACAACAACUAAACAGAGAA